AUGGACGAGAAGAAGGACUCGCUCAGAGGUGUAGCUUUUGCAGCCGUCGUUUUCUCAACGGUAGCCGUUUCUGCAUGUUUGGUUACCUUUCCACUGGUAUUCCACUAUAUUCAGACGUUACAGGCAACUGUUCAAGGUGAAGUUGAGUAUUGCAAGUCACGUUCAAGAGACAUGUGGCGUGAGAUGGUAGAAGUUACUCCAGAAGAUGGCGAAGACCCACUCAAUGUCCUCUUCCGCGUUACUCGUCAAGUUGAAGCCCAGUGUUGUACUUGUCAGCAAGGACCACCCGGUCCCGAUGGAGAACCCGGCCCCGAUGGCAAAGAUGGGGAACCAGGAGUUGGUCCAGGUGCACCAGGUCCACCAGGACCCGAUGCAGAACUCCACGAUCGUCUGCUGCCAGUACCACCACAAUGCCCAUGUCAAGCUCCUCCUGGAAUGCCGGGACCACCUGGACCACCAGGACAGGAUGGUGCACCCGGACAACCGGGUAACAACGGAAACGACGGAGCACCUGGACCGCAAGGUCCUGUAGGACCACCUGGUCCCCCUGGACAACCUGGUCAGCCUGGAAUGCGCGGACCACCUGGAGAACCUGGCAAGUUGGUUCCCGGCGGUCCUGCACCAAGCGGACCUCCUGGACCAUCUGGGCGUCCUGGAGCACCUGGACAACCUGGAAAGGCGGGGCAACCAGGAAGAGAUGGAGACAACGGAUCACCCGGAGCUCCUGGAGAGCCAGGACAGCGAGGACCACCUGGACCACCGGGACCAGCUGGAAGUCCAGGGGUCGCCGGAGACCACGGAUCGCCCGGCAGCUGCGACCACUGUCCGCCUGCUCGACUCGCCCCAGGCUAUUAA